GAUUUCUUCGACGACUUCGAGUUCAACGAUCACGCCAUGCAGGCGCUGUUGGAGCAUGGCUGGCUGGCGAAACAGCUGAAGCCGCCAAGAAAGGAAGAGGAGAAGAUGAGUUGGGAGUUCUCGCAGUUUCUGGCCAAGCUGUUGGUGUCCUCCAUGUCCUCUGUCAACCUGAAGACGGCCAUCUGCCGAACGAUCAUCGCAUCUUGUUCUGGACCCAUGCACCUGGGAAGCCUUGUGCCUGGAAUCCUCUCCUCCCUGCAGCAGCGGAACAUUCACUUGAAGACCUUUGCGGCCGUCACGCUGGUCAACAUGAUGCGGCAGCAUGAGCCAGUGAAGGAUAUGGUCCUCAGCAUGGGUGCUCCUGCAUUCAUUGCGGAGAACUUGCUCAUCAAAGAUGACGACCUGAUCUACUACACGCUCAUGCUGACAACGCACCUGACGAAGUCCACGGCACAUAGGUUCGCGCUGAAGAAGUCCGGAGUCGUCAGCGAACUUUUGGAGUUGCUGCGCAUACUUCCGCCGGACGCAGGGAAGCGGAGGCUCCUCGAGGAGCUUGCCUCCACCAUUGGGCAGCUGUGCAACGACGAGGACAUUUGGGUCAGCCUGUCAGAGCAGAAGGUGGUCGAGCGCUUGCUCCAGCUGCACAUGAAUGCGCCCGAGGGGGGCAGACUCAGGGCCAGGAUCAUGUUUGCCCUCAGGCAGUUCUCUUUCGGAGGUCACCACUUGGCAGCGGCUUUUCGCGAGGAAAUCGGGCACUCCCUCCCUACCAUCAUCCAGGAACUGCAGGACAUCAUGGAGCAGGGGAAGCUGGAGAAACACGACAGCGAAGAGACGGAUUGCGUGGUGAAUUCGGUGCUGCUCCUCUACACCCUGGCAAUCUCACCCAAGCUCGUAGAGGAGAUGAGGGAGUUGGGCCUGCUUGGCAUCCUCAUCAAGCUGCGAUACUCGCCGCUGAGCUCCCUG